AUGAAUGCUGCUGAGAAAACAAUUUUUAAUAGCUGGAAAGGGCAUGCAAAUAAGGAAUGGUGUCUGUCAUUGGCGGCAUUGCUUAUGUGGUACAUUUGGAAGUGUAGAAAUGGGGUUCUUUUUGAACAUAAGUUCUCUCUUCCUUGGUUGGUCUGCAAGCAAGCGGUUGAGUACUUUCAAGAGUAUUUUUCUACAAAAUCUUUGGAUACCACAACUGUGAUUUUGAAUGGGGAAGGAAGCCCUAACUCAUGGAGGAAGCCUUCGGAUGAGAUGUUCAAGAUUAAUGUGGAUGGGUCAUGGAAAAAAGGGGUGUCGAGAGGGGGUUAUGGCAUUGUGAUUCGGGAUUCCAAAGGCUUGUUUGUUUCUGACUCGAUCGGGGUUUUCCCGUGGUGCGCAAGUUCUUUAGUUGCAGAAGCUGUGGCAUUUCGACAUGGCAUUUUGUUGGGAUCACAUAUUGGGUUAGGGUCAGUGAUUAUAGAAAGUGAUGCUCAGUUGAUGGUGAAUACGCUUUCAUUGCAAAGCAACUAUCAGUCAAGAGGUGGAGGUCAUUAUUCAUGA